AAAAAUCUCUUCUAGUGAUAUAUACAUAUCUCCAUGGGGAAUUGUUUAGUUCCUCAAGAGAAGGUGAUCAAGGUUAUGAAGAUGGACGGUCAGAUCCUUGAGUACAAACCACCGAUGCAAGUACACCAAGUUCUGUCUGAUCAUGUGGGCCAUGCGAUCACAGAUACACUCCCGGUCUCCCAACAUCUCCCACCUCAGGCCAAUAUGCGAAGUGGCCACCUCUAUUUUCUUCUUCCACCUCCGUUGCCGUUGCCGUCGCACUACGUGGAUUGCAAGGUAUCGGACAUGCCGGACUCUCCGAUCGUCGAGAUGGGCCGCUGCCAUGAGACGCCAGUGGUUAGGAUCAAGGUUUUGAUCACUAAACAAGAGCUGAAGGAGAUUCUAACAAAAGGAGGGCUAUCAGUUGAUGAAAUGAUCAGCAGUCUUAAAAAUAAACCAACGGUGGAUGUUGUUAGUGAUGAUGGGAGUGAUCAUGGAUGUAGAGGUUGGAGGCCCAUCUUAGAAAGCAUACCUGAAGGGAAUGAUCUCAACUAGAAAAUUUCCUUCUUUUUUUUUUUUUUUUCUCCUUUAAGCUUAUGAGCUUUCUUUAGUGGACAUAUAAAUAAUUUAAUGCCAUUGAUAGAAGUCUUAUAUACUUUAUAUUUCUCUAUUUUUCAUGAAAAAGCAAGAGAGAUCAUCAAUAGUAUGGUCCCAAUAUACACCAUUCAAUAGUAAUCCAUGACUCU